AGUUCAUAAGAUUAGUCUCUUAGACUGGGAGAUGCUCCAAGAGCCCACCUCAUCAACCUGUGUUGAAAAUUGCUUGCCGGUAUAGAAUCGCCCUGCAGAGAAGUCUCUCGUUCCGCUCAGCCCCCUGUGAAAGGGUGGUGAGAGGGCGGAACCUGUUGCCCAGAGGGCGACGAGGCAAAAUGGAUACGAAUUGUUAUCAAGCUACAAAAAUCCGCCAGAUCCAUAUUUUGGAAUCUAAGUAAGAGAAUCGAUAUUCAGGGCAGCUAAAGUUUAGCACAAAGCGGCGCGGUCGCAAUUGUUGAGUGCAUCAAAGUCCUACUAUGUCACUAUGGGAUCAGACCACAUAUCACCUAACUUGAUUUUCGGCAAGGCUCCUGCAACCGCAGGAUUAGACAGUAGGGAGAACUCGGAAUAUUUAAUGCCUGGUAACGAGCCUCAAACCAAUCCAGUGGAAGUCCAGCAUGCGAUGUACCCUCCCGGCCCAAGCCAAAACGCGCAUGGAUCCAAUCUCAUGACGGUGGAUGGCAGGGCCGUACGGCUCUUUUUAGAGUGGAUCACCGGAUUUGGAGCUUCCUCGCCUCCAGCAGACGAAGAGUUCAAAGCUUUCGCUUGCCUUACACGUGUCCCCGUUGAUGUUGUCCGAACUUGGUUUGCGAAUUAUCCUGUCGUAUCUGGAAAUGACUCAGGCUUCCAUUCUGGACAUCAGACUUCAACACUCUCAGCUAUCCCUAGCCUACCGUCAUCGGGCACCGCUGCAAGCUCGACUCCACUUAGUGAAAAGACCUGUCCCAGAAGCCGAAGAGAAUUGUGCAAGCGGACGUUGGAUGAGAGUUGCUUGGGACGAAGCUCAGACUCGAUCUAUCAAUGUACCCGAAAAUGCGGUAGACGAUUCCGGAGACGGGAUAUGUGGGAGAGACAUGAAUGUAUAUUCCUCCCUUCUCCACGAUACCACUGCUCGAUUUGUGUCUCCGAAAAAGGAAAUGCGAGGGUCUUGUGUCGGAAGGACAAACUCCGGGAGCAUUUCAAGCGCUUCCAUCCGACGCUGAAUCCGAAAAAUUACGAAAUCUCUAGCAAAAUUAAAUCUGCGGGAGUGCUUCCGACCUGGUGCGGUUUUUGUCAAAAGCGCGACCAAUUUUUUGACCUCGAUCAGCGAUUUGGACACAUCGCAAACCAUUUCAAAGAAAGGAAGUGCAUGCUUGAGUGGGUCGAUGAAGAAACUCAAAAGGAGGUCACAGAACAAGACAAUGACGACUUCGGUGGGAACGAGCCUGGAGAGGACUGGAAUUUCUUCGAAGACCUCGACUGGAACGACCUUGACUUCAAUGGUAGCGGACACAGCUCAGCCGGUAAUGGAUAUAUCUCCAACAGCAACUACUCCGGGUUCGGCGGACACAAUUUCAGUCGAUUCUGUCUCCGGAUGGCUGACCAUAGUAUCAUCUAUCCUCACCUGACCCCUGAGAACUUUGUCAGUCGGCGUCUCUUGGGCGUGGGAGCCUUUUCAAUUGUUGAUGAGGUUAUUGGGCUACUCUCUUUGAUGAAAUUUGCGCGCAAAGUGCCCACUAGCUCUGCACGCGCUGCCUACCAUGCGUACAACGAAAUCGAAAUCUUGAAACGCAUCAGCCAUCCACACAUUGUCUCGUUGGUUGGGACCAUCUCAUUCAAAGGUCGGACAGCAUUGCUUCUGUUACCAGCCGCCGAUAUCAACCUCAGAGUUUGGUUACGAAACCUUGAUGAAGCUAGACCUCAGCGUUUAGGGAAACUAGUUGCAAUCUUCUCGCAGCUUACCUCUGGAUUGCAUUAUCUUCAUGGAAGAACGCCGCCGAUUAUUCAUGGAGAUAUCAAGCCUGAAAACAUCCUCAUUAUUGAGUCAAGGUCCCGUCCCAUCCAGGCCUUUUUGAGCGACUUUGGCUCUGCACAGCGAUUUGGACCCCGCAGGUAUGGACAAGAAAUUGGCCCCAUAACAACGGUCUAUGCUGCCACUGAAUUGAGACGGCCAGGAGCUACUAUCAGCCGGUCUGCCGAUAUAUGGUCACUAGGAUGUAUCAUGCUCGAAGCACUGAUCUGGAUUCUUGAUGGAAAAGUUCCUGAUAGAGCACUUUCCGGAGUUUGGACUAAACCCAUGGAGCAGCUAGCACACCUAGGGACGAUUUUGGAAUAUCAGAGAACGCCGUUGAUAGGCAUGUUCGACUAUAUCAAGUCAAUGCUUAACGAAGAUCCCGCAAAGAGACCUGAUAUUGGUACGGUUGGGAAGGCCUUAGAAUCCUGCAUCGAAUUAGGUGGGGUUCUCAAACUCCCCCAUUACCCUCUGGCGGUCCGUAGAGAGCGUCAUGAAGAAGGUGCCCGCAAAUCUAGUAACGAGUCGCAACUCGAUCUAGACCUUCUCGGUCUUAGCAUGAAACCACUCGACGACUAUUUUAUCCUAAGACAUGCUCUGAAUAAUUCUGGUCAAAUCUGGGACUUGCUCCGGUUGCACAGUCGACUCAUUGAAACCAGGUCACUCGAUAUCGUUGAGUCAAGUCGCUGGAAUGAAAUGUCGAACAAGUUACGUGCUGAUUCAAUGGCCGUGGAGCUUGGCAUUGGAUCGGAGGACGACGAUACGAGCCUAGAAACUGAUAUUGCCUCGGAUCCGUUUGUCGAGUUGAAGAUCAGUACGCAAUCUCCACCAGGGAGCAUGCGGGAUACCCCUCUUGUUCCUUCACGCCGCUGCGUAGUUGAAUCAUGGCUUUCCAACCCCGAAAGCUGGUCACUUAGGAAGGCACCGGAAUUCGCGCACCGUUCACUGCCAGUUGUUGUCCCUAGCUCGCAGAAAGUCUGCCUUCAUUCGCAAGCUAAGGAAUUCCCCAACUCUUUCGAAGUUUUGGAUUCAGAGGUCGAAUGUGGAAGCACUGAUGCCAACGUGCGAUCCAAGCCUCUCAAGUUCUCAUGCUGGUUUGAAGGCUUCGAAGAGCAGUCAUCGGCGGGUCCAUCCUAUUAUACUGGGGAACGGCUAUACUCCGUUUUGUCAAUGAACGAAUCGCAAUAUGAAGGAUCCUGGACUGCUGACGAAUUUGCCAUUGGAGGUAAGAUUGAAAGAGCUGCUACGCACACUCCAAGGCUGGACGGGGACACCAUCGGCACCUUGACUUCUGGAAUUAUGCGUUCCCCGAUUGAGGACGCGUUUGGAUCCAAGAGCAUGACGGAGAGCAAGGAUCGAGAUGAUGGCUUGGAAGACCUCUCAUCGGCAUAUGACAAUCCUGUAGCCUUCGAUCUAGGGUUUCCAUUCUCUCCUAGUUAGUUAUCCGAGUCUCGUAGAUAGAAUGGUAGCGGCUAUCCCAACCCUUUCGCAUCCUGAAGAGAAUCU